CCGUACCACCAUUGAGCCCUCUCUCUCUCUCUCUCUCUCUCUCUAAAUAUCUUACACUUUCUCUCUCUAGGAUUUACCUCUGUUCCUAUCCUGUAAUCUAGGGUUUAUGCUUCACCUUCUUUUACCAAUGGCUUGACGCAUUGCGAUCCUUCCAUACCCAAAACCCUAGCCAAUAGAAAUUUUCCUAUUUUUUCUCUGUCUUUUACUGCGAAGUGAUUUUUUAUUUGUAUUAUUAUUAUUAUUAUUAUUACUGUUCUUUUUUGGUAAAUUCGAAUAUAACGGAGGAGGUCGAUAUGGAAGGAGUUUCCAAUGGCGGCGAUAAGUCGUCCGGCGGCGGCGGUGGGGCUCAACAGCCGGCGCCGACGCCGAUUACGAACACGAACGCUCCGCCGCCGUUCUUGAGCAAGACUUACGACAUGGUCGAUGACCCGGCCACCGAUGCGAUCGUGUCUUGGAGCCCUACCAACAAUAGCUUCGUUGUGUGGAACCCUCCUGAGUUCGCUAGGGACCUUUUGCCUAAAUACUUCAAGCAUAACAACUUUUCAAGCUUCGUUAGGCAGUUGAAUACUUAUGGUUUUAGGAAGGUUGAUCCUGAUCGCUGGGAAUUUGCAAAUGAGGGCUUUUUGAGGGGUCAAAAACAUCUGCUUAGGAAUAUUAAUCGCCGAAAACCAGCUCAUGGACACAGUAAUCAACAGCCACAGCAAUCUCAUGGACAGAGUUCUGUAGGUGCAUGUGUAGAGGUUGGGAAAUUCGGGCUUGAGGAAGAGGUUGAGAGGCUUAAAAGGGAUAAGAAUGUCCUAAUGCAGGAACUAGUGAGACUGAGGCAGCAGCAACAGAGUACUGAUACCCAACUGCAAACCAUGGUGCAGCGUCUUCAAGGGAUGGAACAGCGGCAACAGCAGAUGAUGUCAUUUCUAGCAAAGGCUGUGCAGAGCCCUGGUUUCUUGGCUCAGUUUGUGCAGCAGAAAAAUGAAAGCAAUAGACGCAUAAGUGAAGCCAAUAAAAAACGGAGGCUCAAGCAGGAAGGUAUUGCUGAGAAUGAGCAUUCUGCUGCUCCUGAUGGACAAAUUGUUAAAUAUCAGCCUCUGAUGAAUGAUGCUCCACAGGCAAUGCUCAGGCAGAUUUUGAAAGUAGAUAACUCUGCCCAGAUGGACUCUUUUAACAAAAAUCCAGAUGGAUUCUUGAUUGGUGAUGGUUCAUCAUCAUCUAUAGACAGUGGGAGUUCCUCAACCCGUGUAUCAGGAGUAAGACUUCAAGAGGUCCCACCAACGUCAGGGCAGUCACUACCAGCUACAUCUGAACUCACUAGGCACUGCCCUUCAGCUGCCAUAUCUGAAAUUCAAUCUUCCUCACUGCCUGCAACUUCUGAGAGGGUUACCACUGCACCAUUCCCAGAUAUAAGUGUACUGGUUGGAGCACAAGAGAGACCAUCCAUUCCUCUUUCUCAGGGAGAUGUUGUCAUGCCCGAGCUUUCUCAAAUGCAAGAAAUGGUGCCUGAUGGUGCAGUUGAUAUUCCUGAAGACGAUUACAUGGGAACCGAGACAGGUGAUGGAUUUAUUCCAAUGUCAGCAGGAAUGAAUGGAUCAAUGUCAAUAGAAAUUGAUAAUUUUACCCCAAUUGAUGAUAUUCCCCCUGAUCCUGAAAUCGAUGCAUUAUUUGAAAAUCCUUCCUUCUGGGAUGAAAUUCUUGUUCAAAGUCCAGUGCCGGAUGAAUCAACCCCUGCGGAGGAAAUUCCCAAGGGAAAUGAAGUGCAACCAACAGAGAAUGGAUGGGACAAAGUUCAGCAUGUGGAUAAGCUUACAGAACAAAUGGGACUUCUUGCAUCGGAGACGAAAGGUGUUUGAUCUUGUUUAACAAUAUGUACAUUAGUUUCACACCAGUACAAGGAAAACCCAAAGACAUAUAUUAAUUACAUGGUUCCUCUUGACCAUUGGAAAGCAGUUAAAUGCCGUUUUGUAUCACUUUACCCCAACUUUGGUUUGCACAUACGGGGAACCAAAAGUACUUUUUUUUUCCCCCACGUUUCCAGUCUGGAUUUUCCUUUUACUCGGAUAAGAUGUACCAGAGGCUAAAAUCUUUUUAUUUAUGAAUUAUGAUCCGUUGUACAUUA